AUGGUAUCGCCAGAUCCAAUUCACGAGGACGCCCAUCGUCGAUCCGAUUAUGUGUACAGUGACGAAGCAUCAUUGGCGAGGAACGAUCUCGACGAUGAUGACCAUGAACGGAGUAUAGAACUCGGAGAGAAGAAUCCAUUGUUGGCCGACAAGAAAAUACAAGGAAAAGGAGAAGGCAGAUGCUAUUUUCCAAAGCGUUACGAGCUACUCUUACUUGCUUUCUUUGGCUCUGGCAUGAUGUAUGCAAUGCGCGUCAAUGUCAGUGUAACCAUUGCAGUGAUGACGAACGCCACUUUUACAACUCAACCAGCGGGGCAGAAUGACACAGUGGAAACGUGCUGGUCACCAAACACGACACAUGAAGAUGAAUAUGGGCAGGAAGGAGGGGAGUUCUUAUGGUCUAGUCACGAACAAGAGCUCGUCCUCGCAGGUUUUUUCUAUGGCUACACCGUCGCACAGAUACCCAGUGGCUGGCUGACGGAUAAGAUCGGAGGCACUCGGGUCUUCGGAAUAUCCAUGUUCCUUUCGGCAGCCGUCAGUCUGUUCAGCCCGAUUGCAGCCGAACUCGGCUCUUCGUACUUUCUCGCUGUCAGGGUCUUGUGCGGUAUCGGUGAGGCAGGUACUUACCCGGCGUUGGGAUCAAUGGUAGCACGUUGGUUUCCUCCAAAAGACUUCUCGGCAGCUUUUUCAAUUGCAAUAUCGAGUGGAAAAUUUGGAGCAUUCAUCGGGACUGUACUGUCCGGUCUUAUAUCCAGUUCAGAUUUGCUUGGUGGAUGGCCGUUGACGUAUUACACUUUUGGUGGAUUUACGCUUUUGUUAGUUUUGGUAUGGAUUGUCCGUAUUUACGAGACCCCUGGCCGUCAUCCAAGGAUAUCAGCUCAAGAGAAGGAAUAUCUUUCAACAACCGUUAUCACCGAGAAGACGGAGAAGAUAUCCAUACCCUUUGUUGCCAUGUUCACAUCUAUUCCCGUUUGGGCCAUUAUCAUGACAUCUUUCGGUGCGUCGUGGACAAAUCAGUUGCUCUUCACAAAUCAACCCAUCUACCUCAAGCACGUUCAAGGAAUGGAUAUUGAACUGAUUGGUAUCACUGCUGCCAUCCCCUUUCUUGUCGAGUUCUCGUUUUUGGUACUGGGUGGCAUGAUCAGCAACAAGCUGAUAAGUAAGGAGUUCUUGAGUACAGGAGCUACAAGAAAAUUGGUAACCUUUAUCGGACUAACCAUAUCAGCAAUAUUUUACCUUCUUCUUGCGUUCGUUGGUUGCAACACCGCCCUCUCCGUCCUGUUCAUGAUAGGCGCAUGUGGCUUCAAUGGGGUCUGCAGUUCCGGCUACUACGUAAACCUGAUGGACAUAGCGCCUAGACUUGCAGGAAGUCUGAUUGGUUUGGUCAAUUCUGCAUCAGCCCUUUCUGGAGGACUAAGUCCGAUUGUUGUUGGAGCUCUUACUCCUAACCAGUCUGACAUUACAGGUUGGCAAACGGUCUUUCUUUCCUGCUUCGGAAUCAAUUUGCUGGCAUGUUUGAUAUUCAUGGUAUUUGGAAGUGGAAAAGAGCAGAACUGGGCAAAGCAAACUGAAUAUGACAAGUUGUGAUUUUGGUUUCAUUUGGCGAUUCAGCGAUUUGCUUGCAGUCAUCGAUUCUCUUUUCAUCUGGGGCCCUUUUCCUAAAGGACUUACAACUGUCAUAACUUGGUAACAGGGCUCAGCAGCCAA